UGAGAGCGGGUUCUGUAACCCAGGUGGUGGUUCAUCCCACACCCAACACUCAGCCCAUGAACAUCCCCAACCAGCAGCCAGUUCCUCUUGUUCGAGGUCCAAUGGCUGGAAUGCCCAGAAUGAUUGCUCAGCUCGACAACGGUGGCCUGGAGAUACAACUGGUGCGGGCACAAAUGCAGUUCCUAGGUGGGUCCAUGGCCAGGAGGGCCAGGACAAAGACCUCCUGUCAUGCAACCCCUGAUGGUUAACCAACAGACCCAGCAGUCAGUAGCGACAGAUACAAUGACAUCUAAACCUCAGACGUCAUCUAUUCCAAAUGUUGAUGCUAAUAUGUUAGGUGUAAAUGCAGCUGGUAACAUGGCAGCUCAAGGACAGCAACAACAGUCGAUGCAACAGGGACAAGGGAUGAACCCACCAAGCCAGCGCUCAGUUGUAUGGCAAGGCACACUGGAGUGGCAAGAAAAGAAGACAGAUAAUAACAGCAGGGUUGUGCACCAGGUCACUUGUAAGAUGACUUCACUCGUGGUUAAUGGUGAACCUGAAGUGAAGGCAGAUUGCUGGUCACCAACCUGCAAUGUAAAUGAUUCCUAAACACAUCCUUGGAU